AGCUCUGCCCCUGCUCGCCUGUCCGGGCGUCAAGGUUUCGAAGAGAAGACGGCUUGAGUUCUGCAAUACUGGGCCCGCCGCCCACCCUUGCUGAGCUUCGGUUUGCUGGCCUGUGAAGUGGGCGUGGUCACGUAUGGGCUUCCGGAAGUGUCCCAUCGCCAUCAGGCUCAGUGCCAGGAGCCGCUGCCCCUUUCAGACCACUGUUUAACGACUUUGGACCACCCUCCAUGGGCUACGUGCAGGCCAUGAAGCCACCUGGUGCCCAGGGCUCACAGAGCACUUACACAGACCUACUGUCGGUCAUAGAGGAGAUGGGCAAAGAAAUCCGGCCCACCUAUGCUGGCAGCAAGAGCGCCAUGGAGCGCCUGAAGAGAGGCAUCAUCCAUGCCCGGGCCCUAGUCCGAGAGUGCCUGGCAGAGACAGAGCGGAAUGCCCGCACGUAACAGGAAGCACCUCCUCAUCUGGACGUUUCCUGGCCACUGCAGAGCACCUGCUUCUCCCUGGCCUUCAUCCCAAGUUGCACUAACCAUCCUGAGCUUCCUGUCCUGUGUCCCUUGGUGGGUACACUCCAGGAACCAGGGGGAAGCUCUCACUCCAGUUGGCAGCACUAACUGUCCUCCCCAAGAUUUAGCAGCGAGGUCACUGCGAGUCCCACCCAUGACCUGCCGACAGUGUUGAUCCAACUGGGGCUUUCUCCUUUCUGUGUUCCCUCCACCAGCCCUUCCCCAGCAUCUCUCAUCACUGUCCCAGGCCACCUCCUUCCCCAGCAGGGACUCAGAAGCUCCCUGCUUUGUCUCCUGGGCCAUAGCAACUCUUUUCUCGGUGUGUCUUUUGCUAAAUAUGCCCUUUUUAUAUAAAUAAAAGAUGAUUUGGAGUUGUC